AGGACAGCCUUGUGCUAAUUUCACCAGCGCCUCCAAUGCGUCGUUCUGUGGUGUGGACAACUCGUGCGUUCUUACGUUCGGAACAUAGAAUUGCGUAGUCGCAAGCUAGCCUUUUAAGCCAUUCUCUGCAUUGUGAUUUCCCAUACAGUCCCGCCGUGAAGAUGUUUGAAUCAGUUGCACAGUGGCUUCAGUCCUUGUUUGCCUCGACAGAACCCAAAGGGCGUUCCACGUACAGAAGCGCCCAUACUAAUACCCCUGCACAAUUCGCCAAUCGUUCAGCAGUACAAAAGACCGCCCGAGUGGACGGGCAACAAGCACGUAGACCACAUAAUAACAAUAAAGCUCGCAAGCCGCCUUCUCCGAACAACGGUCGAACACGCAUUCUAUUUUAUGACAAGGGAAAACCUCAUUAUGGCUUUACUAAUUUCUCGCCACAUCCUAUUCUCUACAAGAGAAAACGAUAUCCAACGAGUGAACAUCUUUUUCAGGCUAUGAAGUUCAUCGACCACCGCCCUGACAUCGCGGAGCGAAUCCGUACUUGCUCGGAUAAACCCAGCGUAGCAUUUGCAGAAGCGCACAAAUUUCAGACUUCUGUUCGUCCAGAUUGGAUGACUGUCAAUAUUCAGAAGAUGGACGAGGUUUUGUGGCAUAAAUUCACCCAGCAUGCAAGCUUGAAGGCUGAGCUACUUGCCACGGGAAACGCAGAACUUGUCGAGGAUUCUAACAAAGACUCCUUCUGGGGUGUAGGUGCUGAUCACCGAGGGCGGAAUGAGCUAGGAAAGGCGCUCGAGAGACUAAGAGCUAGUCUACUCCAGGGGGACAAGAAGUACCGCAUUUGACAUACCUAUGUCGUGGAACCUGUGUGAGGAGAUGAUUUUUCCCACUGUUAGUCCGAUGAAAUUUCAGCGAUGGAAGGCCAAUGCAACGUGAACUACAACGUGUAGUUCUCGUGUUACUAUGGGUCAAGUUUAGGUUUAACGGAUCUCGCGCCACCUGAAAGCGCCCGUAAUCUACUAUGCUAGCAACUCCUGGCCUACACAUUGCUGUCCUUUUGGUAUGUUGUGUCGUGGCUUUUCACCCCCGUCCAGCUUUUGAUCAUGAUCAUGCCAAACGGGAGGUAGACACGUUCCUCUUUGCAGCAUGUAAGCCUCGCGGCACAUAAUAUCAGGGAAACUUCCCGUUUUACACUAU